AACGAUAGUCGAGCUAGCAGUAUCAGCUCACUCCUCGACAGCUCUGUUAAUCGUGAGCAAUGGUUUCUCGACGCUCUCAAUCUCGGCUCCUCCGCCGCCGUUACCGCCGGUUCUAACGGCGGUUCCGGUAGAGUGUUUGAGCGGGUUAGAUCUGAGGUUUCGUCGAUCGUUUCGGAAGUUCCUGAUUACCUCUUCGGAUUGGAUAAUUUCGAUGAAACUGCUCCGCCGCAUGAGCUUCGUGAUCGUGAUCCGAGAGCUAAGAUCCGAAGAGAGGUCUCGACGCUUUCGGAUCCUGGUUCGCCUCGCCGUGAUGUUCCUUCCCCGUAUGGUUCGACGUCCUCGGCUCCUGUGAUGCGAUCAUCUACGCCGGAACUUCCGCCACCGGGUUUAACUAAACCGGAAAGUCCUGAACAGGUU